ACUGUCAUUGUUUUCGGACCAGCAGGAAGGGUCGGUUCUGUGGCCGCUCUGACCGCUCAUGAAGAGGGCGCACAGGUCGUCCUAGCAAUGCGCGACCCUUCAAAGCACAUCCCAAUACUCGACAAUAUUGCUGCCGAGAGGGUCCAGGCCGAUUUGAACCAGCCGAAAACCAUCAAAGCGGCCGUGGAGCAGACUGGAGCGAAGCGUGCUUUUAUUUACCUCGUUCAUGCAACCAGAGAUGGGAUGCGAUCCUCAAUCGAGGCUCUGAAAGAGGCUGGAGUGGAGUCUGUUGUGUUUCUGAGCUCCUUCAGCGUCUCUGAAGAUUUUCGUACUAUAUCACCCACCGAAUUUGUCCCAUAUAUGCACGCUCAAGUUGAGAUUUCGUUAGAUGAAGUUUUUGGCGACAAUGGUAUUGUGGUUCGACCAGGAUUCUUUGCCAGCAACAUGAUUUCCAUGAAGAGUGAAAUUCUCUCAGGGGAAAUAUUGGGCGCGUCUGUGGAAAGCUUUUGGUUCAUGGAUCUGACGUACCUACUAUCAUAUCAAGACGCAAUAUUGAUUAUUGCGCGAUCCAUCGGGAAGGAAGUACAAGUGAUCAAACUUGAGAGAGAAGAAGCCGUGCAAGAUGCCAUGAAGAAAUCUGGUCUUCCCAGACCUGUUGCUGAGUGGUUUGUCGCCAACAUCACUGGGCCUGCGUCGGAUAUCUCCACCCCACCUGACUAUGUGAACGCAUUGAAGAAUGUUCAAGCUUAUACUGGACAGGCGCCAAUCAAAUUUGAGCAGUGGCUUGAAGAGAAGAGGAAUUUGUUCUUGGAGUAA